UCGCUGCGUGCAUGCUGACGACAGUUAUAGACUUAGUCUACAGAGCCUUAUGCAAAGAGAUGUUCUUUGCGCUAUUUAUCUUCGCCACUUUAGCAACGACGUUUGCUACUGUUGAUCUGGUGGUAGUUGGAGGCAACAAUGCUCUCUGUGUGGGUAUGAAUGUCACACUCCAGUGUACACUGAUGGGAGGUGUCCUCGCCUGGUACACUCCUGAAGGAGCACUCAACUUCAUCCGAGGAAGACAAAAUACAUCUUAUCAAGGCUCCUACUAUGGCCAGCUCAUGGAAUCAAAUGAUACUUAUCUUAUUUCAACAUUGACAUUCACCUUUACAACUGAGAUUACCAUCAACUGCUCUGAUACAAGUCCAAUUGCUGGAACUACUGUCAUUGUUGAA